AGCAACGUGUGUACGCUACGUCUAGUUGAGGGAAAGAGUCAGAGAAGAGCGAAAAAAAUGGCGACCUCAAACAAUCCGCGAAAAUUUAGCGAGAAAAUCGCUUUACACAACCAGAAGCAAGCCGAGGAAACGGCGGCAUUCGAGGAGGUCAUGAAAGACCUCAGUAUUACAAGAGCAGCACGGUUGCAGUUACAGAAGACCCAGUAUUUGCAACUAGGGCAGAAUCGUGGACAGUACUAUGGAGGUUCACUGCCUAAUGUCAAUCAGAUUGGAAAUAGCACCAUUGACCUGCCUUUUCAGACUCCCUUCCAGACGUCUGUGCUGGACACGAGUCGAACAACUCGCCACCACGGUCUGGUUGACCGGGUCUACCGUGACAGGAACCGAAUCACAUCCCCACAUCGCCGGCCCCUUUCUGUGGACAAACAUGGUCGCCAGAUUGACAGCUGUCCGUAUGGCUCUGUGUAUCUGUCACCCCCACCUGACACCAGCUGGAGGAGGACUAAUUCUGAUUCAGCUUUACACCAGAGCACAAUGAACCCGACACCACAGGACACAUUUACAGGAGGCUCACAGGAAUUGCAGCCAAAACGAGUGCUCCUGCUCACAGUACCAGGGACAGAGGAACCAGAAUCAGAGAUGGACAAAAACCAGAAGCCCAUCUGGGAUAACAAAAAGAAUGUGUCAUCAAGGCCCAAGUCCUGUGAGGUCCCAGGAAUCAACAUAUUCCCAUCACCUGACCAGGAGAUGACCACGUCUCUGAUACCAGCCACACACAACACAGGUGGAUCUUUGCCUGAUCUCACCAACAUCCAGUUUCCCCCGCCGUUGCCCACUCCGCUGGACCCCGAAGAUGCAGCGUCCUUCCCUGUGCUCAGCACCUCCAAUAGCACGGGCAAUCUGACCACCAACCUCACCCACCUGGGCAUCAGUGCUGCCAGCCAUGGAGUUACCACCUCUCAGCCCACUAUGACUGCAACAACCCAGCGCAGGCAACAGAAUGUGGUCCCACUGACCCUUAACGCAGAUGCCCACCACCAACAGGCCCCACAGCAGCUCUCCCCAACGCUUUCUCCCCCCCUCACCAUUGCGCAGACGGUGACAAUGGACGGUCUGACCCUCGAGCAGCAGCUCUCUCAGUACCCGUUCUUCAGCCAGCUGACAUCACAGGCGCAGGUGGUCAGUGACCUGCAGCAGCAGCAGCCUCUGCAGCAGAACAUCCGACUUAUCCAGUUACCCCCCUUAUCUGUAACCACAGCCUCCACCCAGCCUCAGCCCUCCCCAGGAAACCAGACACAGACUUCUGUUGGCAUCGAUGUUAAUUCGGCCUCUUCCCUCCAACAGUACCGCAGUCAGACUGGGUCUCCCGCCAACCAGUCUCCAACCUCUCCGGUCUCCAAUCAAGGCUUCUCGCCCGGCGGCUCGCCUCAACACAACUCCAUACUUGGCAGCAUCUUUGGGGAUUCAUUCUACGAUCAGCAGUUGGCCUCCCGGCAGACUAAUGCUCUGUCCCACCAGCUUGAGCAAUUCAAUAUGAUUGAAAACCCUAUCAGCUCCAACAGCCUGUACAGCCAGUGCUCCACCCUCAACUACACGCAGGCAGCCAUGAUGGGUCUAACUGGGAGCCAUGGCAGCCUGCAAGACUCCCAGCAGCUAGGCUACAGUAGCCAUGGCAACAUCCCCAACAUCAUCCUCACAGUGACGGGAGAGUCUCCCCCCAGCCUGUCCAAGGAGCUGACCAACUCUCUGGCUGGUGUUGGUGAUGUCAGCUUUGAUGCAGACUCCCAAUUCCCCCUGGAUGAGCUCAAGAUUGACCCUCUGACCCUAGAUGGGCUGCACAUGCUCAACGACCCCGACAUGGUCCUUGCCGACCCUGCCACAGAAGACACUUUCCGGAUGGAUAGGUUGUAAAGUAGAAUGUAAUGUAGAAAAGAAGUAAAGCUGCCUGGAAAAGAUGGAAAGAGAAGGGGGUAGGGUGAAUCAUUGCCCAGCUGCACAGCUGUCCAGAUACUCACCCUCCCCUUGAACGCCGUCCUUUGCCUGCAUGUCCUUGAUGAUGAUUUGGUCAGGGAUGUGCCUCAGCUUGCCGGGGAAAAAAAAAAAAUCAAAAUGCGAAAACGGCAGUGCUGUCACGUCCACUGAAAUUAAGCUUAUUGUUCUGAGCUUGUAAAACCAACUGCGCCCACUGUAAGCUUGCCAUAUGUUCCGUGUUGCAGUUGAAGACUGGGGUUCUUUGCAUCGUUCGGACUUUCCUACAAACCUGCUUUGGGUUGUCGAUUUUUGUAUCUUACAGAGCCUGUAUCUGCUCAUUUUAAAACCUGUAUUUUCUUUUAAUAGAAGAAAAACAUGAUAAAAAGGGAGCUACAACACUAUCUUACAAUAAGGUACAAUACCUGUCUUAAAGGCUGUUUAAUGUGUUUACAUCACUAAUGUUAUAAUGGCAGCAAAAUUAGUUUCUUUAAAUUCCUAUUUUCAUUCACUCGGUUCAGCUUCUCCCACCCAGCUUGCCAUUGAAGCGUUGCAUGUUUCUUAAACACAAAGCUUUAUUUUUAUCGACAACCAAAUUUUCACUUUGCUUUUUUGGUGUCUGAGUUACUUGUAAUGCCACUGUCUUUUGUUUUUGGUUGCUUUUUGUAUCUGAAUGACCAGCAUUCACUGCCUAAUUUGGUACCCUGCCAACUUGCACUGUUUUCAUGGCUUUUGUUGUGCAUAUUUUUUAUUGGUUCCAUUUCAUAAUUUAAAUUUUACCAGCACUGGUCAGUAUUUUGUCUGUUUUUGUCUGCUUUUUGUGAGGUUAAGGAGUACUAAUCCUCCCCAUACUAAAUGUACUCAGGUUCGACAAAUUACACAGCAUUUAAAGACUUACAACCUAAUACCCAGUUCAUAAGAAUGCGGCUGUCACAAAGGGUUUGGUUACUCUUAGUCUUGCCCUGAGACAGUUUUGUCAGGUACCCUAAACCGAUAUUAAUACCUAUGUAUGCGUACGAAUGCAGCUAUUAAGGUGCUUUUAAUGCCUCAUACAAUACAAUGACAACACAACCCUUGCUAGGUACAUGCCUUUGUCUGUUUUGUAUUGUUGUUUCCAUUAUGUUUGCAAAAAGUAAUUAAUGUGAUUUGAUGUAUGCCAAGGGCAACACCAAAACUUGUGACCCGAAAUGUCUGCAGUGCUUCUUUAAUGUAGAUUUCUAAAUGGAAAGCUAGCUUUUAUUUGUAGGUCGGAAAUUGUUUCCAUUUUCCAUUCUUACCAAGGAUGAGGAGAAAACAAACAGACCAACCCAUAAACCCCAUAAUGAAACACAAUAGAAACCAGUUGAACUCUUCACUGUGAGAUCACC